AAAAUGGGAUUGAAGUAGAUAAUUGCUAGCAGCGGGUUUUCAAGAGAGGCUUAGAGGGAACAGAAUGCCUCUUGCACAGCACAGGCUGGUUGUGCUGAAAGAGCACUGACAGACGAUUUUAGAUUUUACCCACAUCUGAAUCUCCUGGAAACUUUACCAUGGAAGCAAGCCAUUACGCACAGUCCUGAAGUAAACAUCCAAAGGGGCAAGGAAGAGUCAUCAGGGCUAAACAAUGGGACACCUUGUCCUUGUAUUGCUCACGGAAAAGCCAGGAAGCAUUCCUCUCUACUUCCCAGUGAAAAGAGCAUGAAGGUGACAAUGAACUGAAUUUUCCUGAGUAGCGCUUCAGUGGCUUUUAAGAAGAAUGGGAUACUCUGACCCUUCGUCAAGCAGGGAUUUGCUGGGAAACAGAACUUUGUUCUUCAUAUUCAUCUGCGCCUUUGCCGUGGUCACCUUGCUGCAGCAGAUCCUCUAUGGGAGAAACUAUCUCAAAAGAGGACUGCAGUUUAGCUGGCAGAAUGGUGAGGAAUUGGCAAAUUGGACCGGCACCUUUAAUUUCACGGAUGACGGAGCAGUGAAGAGUGGCAGUGACACAGGCACCAGGUAUUUUGAGUUUUAUGAAGGACCUUUGGAAUACAACUCAACUAAAUGCUUGGAAUUACGGCAUGACAUCAUUGAGGUGAAGGUUUUAUCUAUGGUGAAACAAACUGAAUUGUUUGACAGAUGGAAGAACCUACAGAUGUGCAAAUGGGAGAUGAAUGUCACAGAAGCUAAUUUAUUAAAGUCUACUUUGUCGAAGUGUUGCAACGCCCCUGCCUUUCUGUUCACCACCCAGAAAAAUACUCCCUUGGGAACUAAACUGAAAUAUGAAGUGGAUACUAGUGGAAUCUUCCACAUCAACCAGGAGAUCUUCAAAAUGUUUCCAAAGGACAUGCCAUACCACCGCUCCCAGUUUAAGAAAUGUGCGGUGGUUGGGAAUGGAGGAAUUCUAAAGAACAGCGGAUGUGGCCGGGAGAUUGACAGUGCAGACUUCGUGUUUCGAUGCAAUUUGCCUCCUAUAUCUGAGAAAUACUUAACGGAUGUUGGAGUGAAGACGGACGUUGUGACUGUCAAUCCCAGUAUAAUUACUGAGAGAUUUCAUAAGCUGGAAAAAUGGAGGAAACCCUUCUACAACGUGCUCCAGGUCUAUGAGAAUGCUUCUGUACUCCUACCCGCUUUCUACAACACUCGCAACACGGACGUUUCAAUCCGGGUCAAAUAUGUCCUAGAUGAUUUUGAAUCUCAGCAAGCUGUUUACUACUUUCAUCCCCAGUAUCUCAUCAAUGUCUCACGCUACUGGCUUGGCCAAGGGGUGCGGGCCAAGCGGAUUAGCACUGGGCUGAUCCUGGUAACUGCUGCCCUGGAGCUCUGUGAAGAGGUCCACCUUUUUGGCUUUUGGGCUUUCCCCAUGAACCCCUCAGGGAUUUUUAUAACUCAUCACUACUAUGACAACGUGAAACCUCGUCCUGGUUUUCAUGCUAUGCCCUCAGAAAUCUUCAACUUUCUCCACAUGCACAGCAAGGGGAUCCUGCGGGUGCAUACUGGCACCUGCAGCUGCUGUUGA